GUGAUUUGUCAUUCACAUACCCAUGUAAAUAAAAUAAAAAAAUAGCAAUGGCGAUUGGCGAUUCAAGAUUGCCAUUCCAUUUAAGUGCUUUGAGUUUUGAUUUAAUUAUGGGAGAAAAUAUAGUGGUUGUCUAAAUGUUUACUCUUUUGAGGGACUUUAGGAAAUAUUUCAGUUCUAAAUCCAUUGGUGAUUUCAAAAAUUCUGUAAGAAAAUACAUAUAAUACAUGUUAAAGAAAAUGGAGUGUUGAAGUUUGUUAUUUUUUUGUUUGGAUCAAGACAUUCAUAGUGAAAGGGAUCAGUAAUAGAGUUGAAUAGCCAACUUUUUUCCUAUUGAUAGAGGACACAAUCUACCUUUAACAUGGCAUUUAAUGAGAAAGUCGAUCCCGAACUAAUAUUUACAAAACAAGAACGAAUUGGAAAAGGUUCGUUUGGUGAGGUAUUUAAGGGAAUUGAUAAUAGGACGACCCAAGUAGUGGCCAUCAAAAUUAUUGAUUUAGAAGAAGCCGAGGAUGAAAUUGAAGAUAUCCAACAGGAAAUUAUGGUGCUAUCUCAAUGCGACAGCCAAUAUGUAACAAAGUAUUUUGGGUCGUUUCUUAAGGGAACUAAACUAUGGAUCAUUAUGGAAUACCUUGGAGGCGGAUCCGCAUUGGAUUUAAUGAAAGCAGGGAAUUUUGAAGAAAUGCACAUUGCCAUUAUUCUAAGAGAAGUUCUAAAGGGAUUGGAUUACUUACAUAGCGAACGAAAACUUCAUAGGGAUAUCAAAGCAGCUAACGUUUUACUCAGCGAAAUGGGCGAUGUUAAAUUAGCAGAUUUUGGUGUAGCCGGGCAGCUGACGAAUACUACUAGCAAAAGGAAUACAUUUGUCGGUACACCAUUUUGGAUGGCGCCAGAAGUGAUCAAGCAAUCUGCUUACGAUUCAAAAGCCGAUAUCUGGUCGUUGGGAAUUACCGCGAUAGAAUUGGCCAAAGGCGAGCCACCUAAUUCUGAACUUCAUCCGAUGCGUGUGCUGUUUUUAAUCCCAAAAAAUAAUCCGCCUCAAUUGACUGGCAGCUACAGCAAACAGUUUAAGGAUUUUGUAGAGGCAUGUUUAAAUAAGGAUCCUGAAAAUCGGCCCACGGCCAAAGAAUUGCUUAGAUUCAAUUUCAUAAGAAAGGCAAAGAAAAAUUCCUAUCUUAUUGAUUUAAUUGACAGAUACAAGAAGUGGAAGUGUACGCGAAACGAAGAGAGCGAAACAGAAUCAGAACCUUCAGAUUCGGACGAGCCGAAAUUGGACAGCGAUAUAGAAUCGACGGACUGGGUAAUGACCGUAAAAGGGAAAAACAUAAAAAUACAGGCGGAAGAGAUCAAUAAUUCUAAUCAGAAAAACACGAAUCUAUAUCACAAUGGGUUGGCACUACCUGCCGCUAGAUCACCACCCAAAGACUCUAACUUAAACCACUGCAGAGCUGAAAAAGUUGUUCAGCAAGUCACACAGAGUUCGCAGCCCUCGACCGACAACAGAAAAGAACGAACGGAGAGGGACCAGCAUCAUAGGAGUGACAGAGACCGAGACAAAGAGCGGGAUAAAAGAAAUUCGACGGGACCGCAAACUUCAAACACGGAACCGAUUCCCUUGGAUCAUCGAGGAGAUACAUCUUCGGAAAACAAAGAUGCUAAAAAGAUGAACAGAAGGUCUACGUCGGGAAGUUCAGGACAAGGAAAGAGCGAAUCUAGAUCGCCAACGUUGACAGGCUUUAUUUAUCCUUUUAUGACAGAUUUGCAAAGGAGACAUUACUAUAAUGGACGAGCGUCUGAGAUUUCACACCGAGGCACGAGCAGCAGCGAUGCUAUCGAGGAGUUAAAAAACUCAUUCGAAAUAGCGGAGCGGACAAGUCCUGGUAUUAGCGAGAUGUUCGUAUCUGAACUGGUGCAAAAAUUAGUGCCAUCCAUAUCUGGACACAGGCUCAACAGUGUCCUGGAUAGAUUAAAAGAAUCGACAUAGACUAAUGUAGACUUAGAUAGUGAAAAUAACUUUUUGGAGGGAGUGAUACACCUACUGUUAAUAUGACAAUAUAAAUGUGUCCAUAAAAAGGUUAUUGUUAUGCACCUUAAAAGCACUCUUUCUGAUAUUUUUGUUAUGUAUAGUUAUUUUGUAGUGGGUACGUCGUAGAUAUUUAAGGCAUAUAGAUGGAAACCCACCAAACUAAUAAACAUGAGAUAUUCGUAACAGUCGAUCAAGUAACUUUUUCAGCGCCUAAUAAAUAAAGCUAAAUUUUAUAGAUUUAUUUUGCGUCCUUCAAAUUGUACAAAAAUUUACUAUUUGGAAUUAAAAUAAUUUAUAUCUAAUUUAAAACCGUAAAACUUUCCUUAUUACAUAUCUUAUCUUCUAUUAUAAGUUUAGUUUUGAUUUAAAGUAUUAAUUUAUUUUUUCUCUUGUAUCUUGUUUUCUAAAUGCAUAGUCCUAGUGAUUAUCUUCUGGUGUACAUAUUUAUACUAGCACCUAGCGGUAUUAUUAUACAGGGGCAAAAGGAACCGAAGUUAGUAAAACAAACUUUCUUAAAAGGUCUUUUUUAAUUGAAAACCUUGUGUUUUUUUAUUAAAAAAUUGCUGCUUUUUUAAUAUAUAGGAUGUUUAGCAGACGGUGUGCCAAAUUCCUUAAGCAAGAUGGGACUCCACUAGCGCAUGAUGUGCUUUUUACAAGUUAGAAAAUAUUCUAAGCACUGAAAUUACUCUACACACUCUACUAGUCUACUACACCUUGCUGCAUGUAGAUGCGUUCCUGAAACUUGAGUCUAUCAGCUAUCAGUCUUAGAAAUUUUUUCGACUGUUGUAUUUAAACACGCUCUUCGUUAAUACUGAUUGAAUUCAUGGAACAUUUAAAAUUUUACAGAUUCGUUUUUAAAGAUUCGAUUUGCAUGAUGCUUAAUUAUAUACAAGUCAAAGACAUCUUCAUUUUAUUAACGUGAUUUUUGUGUAACAUAACACCUUUAAUAAGUAAAUCACAAAAAAUAUUGUUGGUUAGCUCUACAUUUAAAAUGGAAUUUAUUUUGAGAACAUAGUGCUUUUACAUUAACUCAUAUACACUAUAUCAUUACUGUUUCGAAUCAUUUGGAGACUUGGUUUUGCUCCUCUAAUAAUAUAAGCUUUUAGAAAGAGCAAUAGUGUUCCUAUAAAUCCUUGUAUAGAUGUUGAAGUAAACCAAAAAUAAAUCAAUAUGCGAAAUCUCUUCAAACCUGGUUAUGCAAAGCUCUAUUAUAUUUUCUUUAAACUUUUUAGCUCUUUUUGUGCCAUGAUUUUAUGAACCAUAAUUUCAAUCAAAAACUUUUUUUUAGGUUUUUAUUGACAAUAGAAAGGCUUUAUUGAAUUCCUUCAUGAUGACAUUGUGUGAAUAUUACACUGAUUAAGAAAGUCAAUGUUAAAAUCUUCAGAACCCAUUACAACUUCCGGGUUUUUGUGAGUGAAGAGAGCUUCGGAUAUGUGUUUUCGUUCAACUGGUCAAAAAUGCUAGAGUAUCGACAGGACCCUUAGGGAAGUUGUUUGAGAUAGGACGCCGAUGAAAAUUUUCAAAAAAAUCUAAUCUCUGUAUUAAAAACGCUUUUAGCGAUUUUAGUUAAAUUUUUAGAUUUUAAAUAAUGUGUGGUGAGGCCAUUUUUUGAAGAAUUGCAGAUGAUUUGACUUAUGCAGGGAUGGACUUGCAGCAAAUGCUCAAAGUGUUUUUUGCUCCAUGCAUUUUAACACACUUUCUGCACCUGUUGACCCAAGAUGCCCGCAUGCGCAGCGAAUACCACUUAAGAUCAUUCCUAGAUUCAUUCUUCAGAUUAUUCCUAGGUCAUUCCUGAGAAAUUCCGCAGCCACUACAACUCUAGCAACUAGGUCCUCUCUGGUGGGCAUCGGAGUUGCGUAUAUGAGUUGUUCCAUGGCGUCCCAGACAAAAAAGUCUAGAGUUGUCAAAUCAGUUGAUUUUGCUGGCCAAGGGACAGGAUCAUCUCUACCAAAGGAAAUAAACGUAACGGAUCUUUGUAUGGAUUUUAUUUUUUUAUACAAAAAUUGUGCAUCAAAGCGCAAAAUUCAGAGGUUUUUAAUUUGUCUAAAACUAAUAGAAUAUUUCGAAAAAAAAAUUUUUUUUCAAAAAAACAGUGGUCUAUCUUUUUUACCAAAAAUGUAAUACACAUGUACUGCAGCUCCGUCCCUGGAGAAAUCAAAUCACCUGCAAUUCCUCAAAAAGUCGCUCCAUCAUCUAUCAUUUAAAACAUAAAAAUUUCAUUAAAAUCCCUAGAAAAUUAAUACAGAGGGAAAAAUUCGAUUUUUUUUGGAAAAUUUCAGCACCUUGGGAAACGACGCACUUCCGACCUUCGGUGUAAAAACUAUUUCUCUAUGAUUCUGUAUUCUCGUUUAAGAAAUUUCCGUUUUUUUUUAACGCUUCGCUGUAGCCUUCCUAGUCAAGAUAAAACCACUAUUAACUCUUUUCCUCAUUAUUGUAAUACAAUGAAUGGCGAUAAGAUUUAAGAAAAAUUCUUCUCAAAGUUUGACACUGAUUGACAAACACAAGUUUUUUCGACUACAUUAAUCGGAAUGUUUUUAAAAAAUGCCAAGUGUUAGAUUUUUGAUUACUGGGUAAAUCCAGUGUAGUACGUUAUACUUUUAUUUCGUGAUAUUUUCAAAAAAUGUCUUGUCUCUCGGGAAGAACUUUAUCCAUCAGUGUAUAUUUUUCGUCGUUGCAAUGUUUCCUUUCUUUCUUUAGCUGGAACUAUUUCUGAUACUAAGGUAUUCUUACCCUAGAUUUCUUAGCUUCAUUUGUUUGUUCAUUAGCUUAUUUUCUUUUUCUUUCUUUUCAAAUUGAUUUUCAAAGAUUUUUGUGCACAUUAGCUGAAGGAAAAGUAAAUCUAUUAGUAUUGUCACACACAGUAGAAUUUAUAUUUAUCUACCUUUGUCCUUAUAUCCCACAAAAUUCAAGGAAUUUUUAGUUAUUCAAUUCCAUGUUCGUCUCAAUAACCGACUUGCCAUAAUCUUGACAGUUUUCUGGAGAUUUUCUAAAGAAGAUUUACGUCUGAAUCAUAAUUGUUUUUUAAAGCUGAACAAAAGCAAUCAGAUUCAUUUUCUUUUUUUAUAUAAAUAAUCUGUAACCGAAACUAUUAGGUUUAAUAGGAUCAGACCAAUAAAAUCUCCGUGUUAAUUUUUUUCUCCUAAAAUUGCUGCGUAAUUUAAAAAAAGUAACAGACAACUACGAAACAACACAAUACAGUGUAAAACUCGCCAAUACCCAUGAGUAAUAUUAUGAUAUCGUAUUGACUGGUCAUCCUUGUGUUUUUUUUAUUCUUUUUUGUUACUUGCGUUUGUGUAUAUGAUGACAUUUUACAAUUUUAUGAUAUAUUUUGAAUAAUUUUUGAAGUCGGUAAAUAACCAAUUACACAUUUCAAUCACCUGCGGAUCGAUUAGUAUAAUUUCUUGUCGAAUUCUUUGCCUUAAAUCAUCAACAUUAUUUAGUCUAUUCACAUAAACUUUGGCCUUCAAAUAGCCUGAUAAGAAAAAAUCUAAUGGGGUUAUAUCCGGUAACCUUGAUGGUCAUUCAAUCGGUUCUCAAUGGAUGACAAACCGUUAUCAAGUUAGUUCUAAAAUUAGAAACUGUUCGAAAAUAGUACGGUCUACUCACUUUUUAAGAAAUAGCAUAAAAAAUUAAUGUUGGUGUCAUAGUUUCUACUUAAGAGGGUAUCUCAACACAGGGCAACCAACAUUUUCAUUGCAAAGGACGCAUUGAAUCAAAUGGACAACAAAUUAAAUGUUAUAUGUUACAUUAGUUGUAAUAAAUGUUGAAUACAUUUUUGUUUUAAUUUCAUAUGUUUCGUCAUUCUGUUACGUCAUAUUUGACAAACCAUUGACUUCAGGCAUAUGGUUUGCUAUACGAAAAUUAUUCAGAAUAUAUCAUAGAAUUGUAAAACGUCAUAAUAUACGCGGUGUUCUAUCUAAAAAGAAAAUGUUGACGCUAUAGUUUCUACUUCAGGCACCCUGUAUAGAAAUGUUUUAUUUCACAAAACGCGUAAGUGACAAUAUUAAUCGAUGUGUCCAAAAAAUAAAACAAGUAAAAAUCCCCGAGUUUUAAAUGAAUUUGUUCCUUUUAUCGUGAAUGCACUGUCUGUCUAUGUCGUAGCCACAAUACGAAAUCUGCCGUUUUAUCAAGCGGCUAUUCACCGGAUUGUUUGUCAUAUGGCUAGUAUUUUUAGUCAUAUAAACUGGCUGAUCAAAUAUCACGAAUAAUCUGAAAUUUAAAUUACUACUCUUUCAAAAUCGAAUUAAAUUUUAGACCAUCAAUCGUAUUAUUAAAGUUUACCGUAUUUAACAUUUAACGUGUAUUCUAAUAAAGAAAAAACUGAUAUAAGAGUAAUUAUUCUAUUAAAAAAAAACACAUUUUUAAUACAUAUUGCUUAAUUUAGUCCGCUCUAGUUGCAUCUGCUCUUAUAUUUUAGGCUACUUUGAAACCAAGUCACCUUUUAUUAUUUUUAUUACAUUGAUUUUCCUUGGUUUGCGUAAAUAUUUUUUAAUCAUCAGCAAUGUCCGUAUGAAUACUUUCUUCCACUAAACUAGUUAUCUCUGGUAAAAACGCAUUCAUAGAUGUCGCAUCAGGUCUAUUUUCUGAACGGUUUAGAAGUUUUUCCUAAAUUCUUAGCAUGUAUUUAACAUCCUGUUUAUUUCUCUCGACACUACCUUGAUUCUGCGGGUAACGGGGGCGACUUUUAAUCAAUUUGCAUGUUGGCAAAUAUGGUUUAAUUCUUUAAUUUUGGUGCACCAAAAUCUAAAAAAAAUGUUUGCAAUGUGUCGGCCACUUCUUCAGCGCGCUUGAUUUUAAGGGGGCCUAAAUGAACAAAUUUUUUGAGGUGGUCCUGAUAGUUAAGUAAUUAUUUAGACUUCCAGAAUUGAAAAUCUAUAAGAUAUACCUGUCCUCGAUGGUUAUUAUAGGUUUUACCAUAAUUCCUUUUCGUGCAUGAUAUUGUUUUCUACUCAACGCUUACAACAUUUAACAACAAUUUCAAAUACAUUUUCAAUUUAUCGCUACCUUCAUGACCCAUAGAAAAUGAUAGAAAAUGACCCAUUGCAUCAACUUGUCAUAAAAUUCUUCGAAUGGAACAACAAAAACUAUUUGAUCAGUUUCCGGCACCUGAUUCUUAAUGAUCUUUUUUAUUCCAUCAAUUUCAAUAACAUCAUAUAAUUUAAUAAAGUAAUAUUUCAGAAUUUUGAGCGGCCGCCUUACUGCCAAUCAAAAAGUUCAUAAUUGUAUUUACACGUUCUACAUUCCAAAGUUUUUUCCUUUGAUUCUUUUUUUCUGUAAUAACAAAAAGGUUUUUAUAUAAAUUUUCAUCUUAAGUUGAUGUCUUACUUGCAUAGAAUUAAUUUAUAUGCCUAUAAAACAAAGAUGUUCCCACAGGUGGGUUAGCCAAUCUUAGGUAAAAGUAACACAAAAUAACGCGUGCACGAUUUUAAAAACUACUUUUAUAGUUGUCAUUUGUUCUAAGUAAUAUGCAAGUACUAUUAGGAGGUUAUAUUAUUUCAUCAAAAGCUGGAAAAAUUUUGCAAUGGCAAUUUAAAAAAAAAAAAUCGCAAACUAUAUUUGUGAUUUUCCAACCAAAUCAGGAUAUUAAAAAUUAUGAAAUAAUUUAUAAUGUAGGAGAGUAUAUAUUUUCAAUAUUACCAUUUUACAACAAGAAGAAACUGAAAACUGUAAAUUAAAUUACGAUUUAUUCGUUAGCCAACAAAAAAUAAUUAUUCAAAAGAAGUAUUUUGCGUAGGAUAAUAUUUAUCUCUUAUCUCUUACAUAAAAUAGAAACCGUUAUUAAAAGCACUUGUUUAUAAAUUUCUGUUGACGGCAACGACGAUAUACCGCAAACACAUAACCUUACUUUUAUUUUAAAUUGCUGCUAAUAGUGAUGCCUGUAUUCCGGCUGAUAUAAACACCAUAUUAAUUCUUGAUUAGGAAUACGGACGGCAUUUGAAUGAUCAAUUUAUAAGACGGCUAAAAGUACUAGCCACAUUACAAAACAAUUUACAUUAACCGAUUAUUUUACAAGGUGGCUGCGUUUUAUACAGUGGUUAGGCGUCUUAUAAAAGACCGGAAUUUAUAAUGUGGCUUCGAAAUAUAUAAUUGUAUAUUUAUACACAACACCUUAGGUUAUGUUUACUUACCAUGUGCCACGUGUUUGCUAGUACAUGUUGUUAUUGUAGUCAAAUUGGCAGUUAAGGUGGAAAAAAUUAAAAGCGCAUUUUUAUUUCAAAAUAUUGCAAAAAAUAACAAGUUUAUGCUCUGAAAAAUAUUUUAAUUAAUUUUACAAAUCGGUUUUAUGAUAGAAAGCAGAUACUUAACAUAAUGUUUUUGUCAGCUUCACAUGCUAAUCUAAAAAUAAAAUGUAAAAUGUUUUUGUUUUCAAAAAAUCUAAAUGUUCAAAAUAAACAACAACAAGUAAAUAAUUUUUACAUACAACUAAUAUAAAGGCAUAAUAUAAGUUUGCCAAUAAAUUUUUUUCAUCGAUGUCCUCAAUGAAAGAACGGGGAUUUACGGCAUGAUAAUCCAAAGUACUUACCACACUUGGAAGAACAUUUGAAACCAGACUUGCGACAGGACCAACUCUGCAUGAAUCUUCUUGGCAGUUGCAGAACAACAUUUUUAUAGUAUCUGGUGGAGCAAUUUGGCUUUAUGGACGAGAUUGCCAUUUUUUUUCUAUCCAAAUUUCACAGGGUCUAUCUUGCGAUCAAUCCAUAUAUAUUUAGGUAUAAGAAAUCGUAAACAAAAUAAUAAUCUAGUUUACGUGACAAUAAAUUCGAAGUAUGUGUUGUUCAGCAGCAUCUUUUCUAGGUUGUUAUGCAGCUAGAUUAAAUGUUGAUGUUCCUCGUUGUCGUGAAGCUGUUCUGUUGUACCAAGUGAAUCUUAUUUCAUUUAAUUUUUUCUUCUCCGGAUUUUCUUUCAAAACUAUUUCAAAGCUAGCACACUGGCUAAUGUUAUUUUUCAUAAUUCUCAUACAGUUUUUUUUAUUUUUCUUUAAAAUGAAAGAAGUGAGUACAUACAAUCAUGCUGUUUCGGUAUGUGCCCGAACAGCAUGUAGAAAUAAAAUACAUUUUUUAAAGUGACGUAGUUUUGCUUGCAGUGCCAUCAUGUUAGUAAUUCUAUCGGGUUUUGCAGUUUUUCCUGGACGUAGCAAAUUUUAAUUUUGUGAGUAAUUAAAAGAACAGCAAUAUCAGUAUCUUCGGGAACAACCACAACAGUUUUUUUGUUAUUUGAAAAAUCUACGAUCGUUUUAACAAUUAGAUAGUGUGCAUCCCUUCCUGCUUGUGUCACUUGUGAUGCCUGCUUCUACCAGACAAGAUUAAUUUAUAAAUUUUUGUUUAUAUUUGCGGUUCUUCAGAAAAUCAUGUUGAGACACAGUAAUGGUACCCUCUGGCUUAACUUUUAUAUCAGUAAAGUUACCCGAUCUUUUGUUAAAAGUAAUUUGUCUGCAAAUUACUUUUUGGUGUUAAACAAUUUGUAACAUAUUAAUCAAAGACUACUAUGCAGUCUCUAGUAUAAUAAUUGUGUUUUGCAUAAUUAAUAUACUGAGAGCAAAUUUGUUGAAGUAGCGGGAAUUCUGCCAAACCAUUUUAUGAAAAAAAAUCUUCCAUCCACUACAUAAUAACAAUCCUGAUAUGUAAACUGAAAAGGUGUGUUACUUUUCCGUCCCUGUCUCAAAGUACCAUCUUUAAAAAUAAUACAUUUAUUUAUAAUUUCACAGGUCAGAAAAAAUCAGAAUUAUUCGGAUUUAGUUACGUAAAUAUCACAAAUUAAGAAUUGUGGCCAUUUUUUUUUUGUUUGCCAUCGUGCUUACCCGUGAAAGUAUAGUAUUAAGUAAUUAUCUUUGCACAUAUUCUUGUAAAGAUUAGCUUGCCACAAUUUUUUUCCAAGUUAGCCUUUUUUCCAGUUAGUUUGACGACCACUGUAGCAGUGAAACAGUAAAAAUAUACACAAAUAGGUAUUUUUAUAGAGGCGUAAGUUACGUACGCCGAUAUGUGAUAAUACUAUAGCAUAUAAUCGCUACUGCCUCAUCAAAGGAAACAAGGUUUGUUCAGACGAAAAGAAUAAUUAUUGUUUACGGCGAAAAGUUUGUAAAAUUUUCAAUAAGCGUUUUGCGGCAACACACACCACUACACAAGUAUAACAAAACUAUCGUAUACUAUGAUAUACACUGUUUUUUAAUUGGCAAACACUAUAUACAGGUUGGGGAAUCGAUCAUUACGCAUAGAGAGGUGCUUAAGGCGAAAUAUCGGAAAACGCACGCAUGCACUUCAUGCCCUCUGCCACUCGCCUGCUACGGAGAAACUAUUAGAAGCGAUAUAUUACUAAAGAGUUCAGGCAUUUUUCAGAUAUGUUUUUGAUGCAGGCUUUACAUACAUCAGUGUACACUAGGUAUAUAACCAUUUCGUACUUCCAAACGAGUUUCUGGUAAAAUGGAAUUGGCACAUUCAACAAUUUUCUCUCGCUACUCCUCUAAAUUUGUUCGUCUACUAAAUUCGUGUCUAUAAAUAAUUUGUUAAGAUUACUUCAAAAAUAAGAGUCAUUUGGGAAUCUAGGAGGCCAUUUAAUAUACCCAGUUGCACUAAUACACACUUCAUUGAAAAUUAUUCUACAGGAUAGCCCUCUUGUUAAAAAUAGACCGAGCCCAAAUUUAGGGAAAAAAAUUUAUUCUCAUGUAAUGGAAAAGAGGAUUCAUCUACAAAUAGAAUAUAUAAAAUCAUUUUUAUUUGCUUUUUCCAUCAUAGUUUCACAAAAUUUCAUACUUCGCCAUUGGUCUUUGGAAAAUAUAUCCUCGAGAUACUUUUCGAAGACCAGUGGCGAAGAAUGGCUUUUUGUGAAACUAUAAUGAAAAAUGAAUUUUUUUUUAUGAAAUACUCUAUUUUAGACUCAUAAGACUACUUUUUAUUAAUGGUAACAAUACCUUGAGUUGCUACAAAAUCAAGUUCUUUCUGCCAUUCAAAUCCUCCCUAAUUUAGAUCUGGGAUGAGUCUACAUUAUAGAAUUUUUAACAAAUACUUUUCGUAACCCUCUUAGCAGUGAGACUAGAAAUAUGAAAUGGCCUGCUAGACCUCCAGAUUUAUCUCCAAAUGACUUUUAUUUUUGAGGCUUUCUUAAAACAGUUUAGUACGAAAUGAAGUACUAGAAGUACAAAUGGCUUUUAUGAUAGGUUAACUUAUUGUUCAGCUAAAGAAGAAGGUCUGCUUGAGCCUAUUAUUUAAAGAAUAAAUUUGUGUGUCAUUUUAUUAUUUAUUUUAUUUUUGCAUAAUGUUUUAAUUAUUCUUCAUUUAUCAGAGUUUUUAUUUUCUUUUUAUUACAAUAAUGCUUGACUUUUUAUUGUGCAGAAACAGCAUAAUAAAUAUGUUGAGGUUACGAUUCUAUUUGGGUUGUACACUGGUGUAUAUAAAGCCUGCAUCAGCAAAAUAUUUUAAAAAUACAGUUAUCAUUUAUACAUCUUUUAAGUUAGUAAAAUUAAACAUCUAUCACCUGUAUUCUUACUGAUUAUUAAGGAAUUUUAAAUAUAUGGUUUGCUUCUAAAAACUACAUAAUAUGAACAUUUUACGCUUUGAAGAAAAUGCUAGUUACAAAAAAAAACGGAUUGCCGUAAAACUUAGAGCCAGAGAUGAGAUAUUCUAUAUAAUAUGGAAACUUUUAGUUUCAUAUUUUUAAAAGGCUAUAUAAAAAGUAUUAAUAUGUAUAUACAUUUAAAAGUGUAUCUAUCUUUUAAAAUUUACAUAGUUAUUAUAGGAAAAAUAUAUAUGUAUAUAUAGGAUGACGCUUUUAUUCCACUUAGCAGCAUAUAGGGUAGCCCAUAAAUGUACCGCAAAACAUUAUAAAGUAGAAAAGAACUUUCAAGAAAAGAUCAAGAUCAAAAAACACAGCGACCUUGUAACUAAGGGGAACAAGUUUUGACUCCAAAAACCUUCAACUGUCUAGGAGGUGUGUUUCAUUUCACCACAAACUCUUUUGCUAUACGAAAUGGUUGUACAACCAGUGUACACUGAUUGUGUAAAGCUAUCAUCAGAAAAAUAUUUUAAAAAUGCCUCAACAUUUGGGAAACUUUAUUGCAAGUAUUGUAAUAGAGUUACCUUCAUCAAUGUCAAACGCUUACUAACGUACCAACUAUCGUACUCUGUAAAACAACGACGUAGCAGGCGAGUCGCAGAGGGCACGAAAUGAAUGCGUGUGCGUUGCCAUAUUUCGCCUUUAAGCACCUCUCUAUGUAUAAUGAUUGAUUCCCCAACCUGUACAAAAAGUAUAUUGCUUGUAUAUUAUGUCAACUUAUUUUUUUAAAUAAAGCCGGUUAAUUUCUUGGCAAAAAAGUUACUUUUGUGGUUUAAAACUUGUAGUUUUCAAAAAAAAUCCUGAGGUUUAUGAAAAUUCUUUUGUUUAUUUCUUUAUUGAUAAUGGUGCGUAAUAAUAGUUUUUCGCAUAUUUAGUGUAACAUUAAGAUUUUUUUUCCUAUUAUUUUAUAUAUUUCUUUGAAUUUGCUACAUCCCUAAUAGAAUAAAAUGUUUCUUAACAAAGUACCUUUACAAUGUUUGAAGAUCUUUCACUAAAUAAAUUAUCCUAAAUUUAUUAAUUAGUGUAGGUAUCUAUAUUGCCCCUUAUAAAUAUUUAAGAAUUCACAUCGUUCGCACGAUAUUUAUCUUUUCCUAAAGAUUUGAAAGUGUAAUGUGUUAGAUCUAUCCGAAUGCUCCAAAAAAUAAUUUAGUAUUAUCGCCAUUCUAUCAGUUUUAGCUUGCAGGUGACUUCUAUAUGAAACCAAAAGAUUCUACUGAGCAUAACAAAAAUUACAGUUAACUUUGUAAUUUUUUUCUUGUCUUACAGGUCAAAGCAUUAGUUCGCAGCAAUUGUAAAAAUUAAAAAAAGAAACUAGCGACUCUGUUUGAAAUAUAUAUAUUUUUUAAAGUUAGUCAAUUACCAAAACACUGAAGAAAAAUCUGAUCUUUUAAAAACUUUCAAUUUAAAAAAAAUUUACCUCCCUAAGUAGGUAAUCACUAAAAAACGAACUACACCUAUCCUCGAUUAACGUUCAGGAAACAAAAACGCUAAGGGUCUGUAUGUAGUAGUAUUUUAUUACAAUUAAAAUAUAAAACGAGAUGUUUUAAAAAAAAAAACCUAUUUAGGCAAGGAAUGAAGAUCAGUUGUCAAAAAAAACAUUAAAGUUAUAUAUAGUGCCAAAAACAAAUGUUUUUCUCAAUUUAACGUAAGCAUAAUAAUUUGCUUUUAAUAUAAAUAUUAUUAACAUUUAAUAAUAUGUUGCAAGCUUUUUGCCAGAUGCUGUAUAUUUGUAGAUGUACCUUAAAGCAAGCAAGUUUGUACAGUUUUAUAUUUUUAAAUAUUAAUAUUAUAUUAAUAUACCUGUAUUUUUAUUUGUUAUUGAUGUAAAUCCAUAUGAAAAGGAGAAAUAAAUAUGUUUAUACUAUU